UACCAUGAAAAUUGUGUGAGAUGUACUGUUUGUUCUAUUCUUCUACAAGAAAAGUGCUUCGAAAAAAGUGGUCACGUAUACUGUCGCCUUCAUUAUUAUGUAGAAAAUAGUCCGUAUCGUUGUGGCAGCUGUCGACAAGGGAUUGGACCCACAGAAAUGGUAUACAAGAUGAAGGUACUUAAUAUUUUCUAUCAUAUUUUUUGUCAUCGAUGUGCUCAAUGUGGUAGGAAAAUAACGCAAGGAGAACAAGUUUUUAUCGACGAAGUAUCUAAAAAUAUCACAUGUAUAGCUCAUACAGUCUGCCGCCUUAAUUCUCCAACAAGUAUAUUUGCAUAUUCAUAUGAUACGUAUGGAUAUGAUCAUAGCGAUGUCUCAAAAUUUCUCAAACGCCGUGGGCCACGCACGACAAUUAAACAAUAUCAAUUAGAUAUGCUAAACAAAACAUUCACUUCUACUCCAAAACCAUCAAAACAUGCAAGAGCUAAACUGGCAUUAGAAACAGGUCUUAGCAUGCGUGUUAUACAGGUUUGGUUCCAAAAUCGAAGAAGUAAGGAGCGAAGAUUAAAACAUUUAUGUAAUUAUUUAAGACAAUUUGAACAACGAGGCCUGAUAGCUCCACCAACUGAAUUUGAUUAUAAUGCAUUUCCAUUUGAUACAGAAAAAGAUGAAGAAGAUAUUGAUAAUUAA